UUGCAUGGCGACUACUACGGAGUAUGGGGACAAGGGAGUGACUUCUGGAAAAUGUGGAUUUAAACGUUUAUUUUUACCACAGUUCACACAUUUUAUAGCCCGUACCGAUCGCCGUUGGGAUUCAGAUGAAGCUGGAUUUCUUUCAGAGGAAGUUCUGGACCGCUAGUAGACAGUGUGCUGCUCUGGAUGGGAAGUGCACCAUUAGCUGUGAUAAUGAGGACAUUAAGUGUUACCUUAUAGACAACAACGGAUUUAUUCUGGUCAGAGGACUACUCUCAGACGGGGCUGUUCUUUGGAGAGGUGGAGAGUGCUGUUAUGAACAAGCUGCUUCUCAUGGGCUCCUUCAAAAGGAUCACUCUGUAUGACUACCAGGCUCUCUGUAGAGAGUAUGCUGGCAGCAGUGACAGCGCACGCUCUUUAUCACAUCCCUUCUCCAUAGUGAAAUGGCUCCUGACCAAACUUGUCAUUUUCCUGCUGGAGUUCAACCUUUACAGCUGGUGGCAUGUUGAUCUCUCAGUCAAAGCCCAAAAGUCGAGGGGUAAGACCAUGAUGGUGCCAUGUGACACGGAGUACCCUGCCUUCGUCUCUGAGCGUACCAUCAAAGAGACCACGGGAAACAUCGACUGUGAGGGCUGUGCCAGAUCUUUUGUAAUUCAGCAGAUUCCCAGCAGUAAUCUCUUCAUGGUUGUCGUGGACAACAAGUGUGACUGCAGCUCUGCCCCCCUGGUUUCCAUGGAUCCCAUCGAGAUUAUGAGAAUGCCAUGGAGUGUGGAGGAGCAGCAGGCCUCUCUGCCCCCCUUACAGCAGCACUGCUCCCCCUACUGGCCACACUCAUUAGCAGGUGACCACACCGCCCUUGAGGCCCACCGUCCUGGACCCAACAAUGGACCUAACACUGGAGAGAUUGAUAGACAGGCGCACCAUCAAAUGCUGACAACGCACAGGGAGCCUCGCCAACAAGAAGUACUUGCUCACAACUAACUGAGUUGCUUAUUACCAACAGAGUGACGUACCAAUUGUAAAGCAUCUCCCUGACCAGCAGAGAAAUAAGAAAUUAGACAUUGUUCAAGAGAAACAGAACAAUAUUCCAAGGGGAAAACAAUAUGGACAUUAGACCGAACAAAUAUACCUGCGAGCAGCAAUGAACGGGUUUCACAGGAUGACAGAAAGGACACAAGAUCAGUUGGAUAACAAAGCCAGCCCUCUGUGAUGUAGGAACUAUCUUCCUUUAUGUGCAGUCAAUGAAAGCAUUACCAUGUUGAUUUAAAUUUCAGUUGGUUCACUCCACAUUAGCGUUCCUAAAUACUUCAAUACACUCUCACAGCUGUAGUACGCUGACUGCAAGCGGCAGGACAGGAUUUUACAGAAUAAAAUAUCCACUUUUCCCUAA